AUGGCCCCUCCUCCUCCUGCAAACCUUCCGCUCCAGGAGCGCAUGCUCCAGCUCGUGCAGACGCUGCAGUUCGCAUGGUUCGCUGGCCAUGUCACCCUCUUGCUGUCCUCGGUCCGCUACGCUCUUUCUUACGCGACCUUCAACGCCAACUCCAAGUGGGCCACCUUCUCGUACCGCACCGCUUUCGUUGCAGCCGCUGUCACGUACGGCAUUGUCGUCUUUAAGAGCUUCCGUGCUCGUGCUCGUGCCGGCAAGGCUCAGGGCGGUGCUUUCCAGAUCAUUGGCGAUGAGAACGUCCAAUACCUGGGUAAGUCUUGGUUUGCUCACAUCUCUGUUUUCAAUGCUGAUUUGUUCNNAGUCAUGGCUUUGAUCUGGCUCUGGUCUCGUCAGAUCCCUCUUGCCAUUCUGCCCUUCGCUGUCUACUCCGUCUUCCACGUUGCAACUUACACCAGAUCCAACCUCCUGCCCACUAUCCAGCCCCAGCCUGCUGUUGCUGCUGGUGAGAAGCCCAAGUCGUCUGGCCUUGCCGACACCAUUGGCCAAUUCGUUAAGAACUACUACGAUUCGUCCAUGACUCUUGUCGCUAUCCUCGAGAUUGCUCUGUGGUUCCGCCUGGGCUUCUCUGCCCUCCUUUUCCAGAAGGGCUCUUGGGUCCUGAUUGCUGUCUACACCGUCUUCCUCAGAGCUCGCUUCCACCAGAGCACCUUUGUGCAGUCGGCCGUCAACCAGUUGGGCGCUCGUGGUGACGCUAUUGCCAACCGCCAGGACCUGCCUCCUGCUGUCAGACAGGCCUGGGAUGGCCUCAAGAGCGGUAUCAAGCAAGCCGCUGACCUGACCGACAUCAACCGCUACGCUGGUGCUCAGCAGCAGGGUGUCCCCAAGAAGACCCAGUAG